GUAGCGAGCAGGCGGUGCGGUGCGGUCCCUGCGCGUUUGGCGGAUUAAUGGAAGGAAGAGACUCGCAGCCCCGCAGCAGGACGCGCUGCAGCUCCAGCCUCAAACUGCCCCGUUGGCUUUUGGAUCCGGAGAGAUGAGAAGUUCGGCUUGAAGGACACCGAGUCCUGGGACAACCGCUGCUGUGAGACUGACAAACAUCAGGCUCCAGGAGGAGCUGAGCUGUCACCGUCCACUCAGCUGCGUGAGGAUUGAGCAGCCUGGCAGCCGUGCAUCCUGACUGUCUCUGUCUCCAUUUGUGUGUCUGAAUGUCCACGAUGGCUCAGAGGGGCCUUGACUGGUGGAUCCCCCGCUGACGCCUCCGAUCCCCAAACAUCCGCCCCAACUUGACCCAUCUCCCGCGGCUUUGGAGUUCCCUUGUUCCGCGGCGCUUCCCUCCCUAUUUAAGCCGUCGCCAUGGCUAGCCUGGUGCUCAAUGAGACCGGAAUGGAGAACUGCAGGAUUGACGACUCCUUUAAGUACAACUUGUACUCUGUGGUCUAUAGCGUGGUCUUUGUCUUGGGCCUGAUCACCAACUGUGCUGCCCUCUUUGUAUUCUGCUUCCGGAUGAAGAUGCGCAAUGAGACCACAAUGUUUAUGACUAACUUAGCUUUAUCCGAUUUAGUGUUUGUUUUCACGCUGCCGUUCAAGGUCUUCUACAAUGUUAGACGCAACUGGCUGUUUGGAGAUGGACUUUGUAAAAUAUCGGGAACGGCCUUCAUCACCAACAUCUACGGCAGCAUGCUCUUCCUCACCUGCAUCAGUGUAGACCGCUUCCUGGCAAUAGUCUACCCUUUCCGCUCACGCUCUAUACGCACACGCAGGAAUGCGGCGCUGGUGUGUGCUGCCGUGUGGCUGACAAUCGUGGGCGGAGGAAUAUCAGUGACCUUCUUCUCAACAAUCAACAGCAAAAACAAAGCCACCAAAUGCUUCGAGGGCUUCUCUCAGAGCACCUGGAAGACCUACCUGUCCAAAAUCACCAUCUUUAUUGAGAUCGUGGGCUUCCUCAUUCCCCUGCUGGUCAACUUGGUAUGUUCCUCACUGGUACUGAGGACUCUGCGUCGCCCUGCAACUGUUGGUCACGGCUGCGACAGCAAGAGACGCGUCUUACGGAUGAUCGUGGUGCAUCUGGGCAUCUUCAUCAUAUGCUUCGUGCCUUACAACUCUAUUCUCUUCCUUUAUGCCCUGGUGCGGACCCAGGCCCUGGCUAACUGCGCCAUAGAGCGAUUUGCUCGAACUCUUUACCCGAUCACGCUGUGCCUGGCCAGCCUCAACUGCUGUCUGGACCCUGUGGUCUACUAUUUCACCUCAGAGAGCUUCCAGAAAAGCUUGACCCUGGGAGGAAAAGGGUCAGGCUCUCGACCUGAGAGCAUCCCUCGCAGUGACCCAGAGACCCAGGACACCACAGACACUCUCCCUGAAGACACACACACUGUAGCCAGCAAUGGAAAAGAGGCAAAUGUGUCUGAAAGUCAGUUCUGAUUCAGCAGGGAACAUGGAAGAGAAAGAAGAACAUGGUGGGUUUUCAAAGACAUGAGCCCUGAUUUGGGGGGAAAUAAGCAAUCAGCUGUUUGGUCCUGGAAGUGACAAACACAUAGCUCAGCAGAUUAGUUAAGUCCUGAGGUAAGUCCUGAGGUAUGGCCUGGGCUUUACGGAUUAAUCCGCCACAGGAGAACACAGGAAUGUAUCUGUGUUUAUUAUGAGAGAAAGCCACAGGGACCAGAGAACCACACAAAUCACGACUAUUUUGAAAGUGUAGAGACAUGCAGAGACUCUAAAAGAGACUCCCAUACAUCACCACUCAGGCUUAACACGCACAAACACUCACAAAUUCACUGGAUAAGAUGGAAAAUUCCGUCCUCAUUGUUGAAAUACACUAAUAAAUACUUUUGUAACAAACUGAGCCCUUAGGUCUUAUUGUUAUAAAGCUCAAGCUUUCACGCUGUAUUAUAUUAUUUUAGACAUUAAUGUUAUGACACUUCUAGUGUGGUGAGUCAUGUUGAAGUUUGAGGCCAUUAAAUGUCUAUUUUGAAA